UGUUGAACUGCUGUCUUGUGUGAGAGCUGAAAGCUCAUGGUUUUGCAUUUGCUUGAAAGUGAGAGAAAAAUGAGCAUUGCGUCGGGAUUUCUUUAGACAAACACCAGAUCUGCUUACGGAUCACAGCUUACGGUCCUGCAAAGGAGUGAAAAUAAUACGCAGGCUACAGCGACAAGGCAGUGAGUGUAACGUUAUCUAUCUUGAAUAACUGUGCUUCUCAAAAUGUGGGAGCAGGACGAAUUUGCAAAACAUUGGAGGAAUGAAUUUCCCGACGGAGAGGUUCCAAAAAUGAACCUCAAGUCAGUUGAAGACAUCGAAAUGGAGCUCGAAAGAUGUAAGACAAACCUCAAAAGGCUUCAGCAAGCAUUAUCGGAAGAAAAAUUUAAGGUGAUAUACCUUCAGACGACAAUUGCUCGACAGAAGAGUUCCGACAGGGAGAGAUGGGACAAAAGCAAAGAUGAAAAGUUACAUGUUGAUUCUGUUUUUGCGAAGUCGGAGAGGGGUAAAAAAGUGACGCAGACGAGCCAACGGAUCGACGGAGAGGGCAUUAAUGUGCCCAUCAGGACAAAAAUGAGUGCAUUGCCUGGUAAAGGUAGCGAGGAUCACGGAGAUGUGUUAAGCGCCAAGUCGCGAGACUCGGCCAGAAACAAUAAACCAGGUAAACCUCUCCCGGUGGCCCCGCGCAAGAAGCCCACCUUUAAGAUAGGCGAUGUAGCCACGUCUGGUACCACCCAGCCGGGCGGGAACUGUGUCAGCUCAAAGGAGAAAACUAAUGUCGCCUGUGACAAUGAGCCGAGCGACCACGAAUACGAGGACAUGGAACUCAAUGAUACUUUUGUGAGGGGUAACCUGGUGACUCCCAAGGUGAAUUUGAGGGAGAGCGUCUGGAAUCCUCACCGGGACGCGCUCCGUCCGUUUCGCCAAAGCAGAGACUUCGACUCCAGUGAUGACGGGAGACUGUCGCCGGCAGGCCUGCGCGUGGCAUACAGGACAUCCCGCGGUUCGGAUUGCAGUACUUCGGACAGAAGAAGUGACGGAUAUCUGAGUUCGGACCACGAAGAUUCAUCUUCAGCCGACUUCAACUACAACACGGACGGCUACGAUGGCGACGCCGCCGAGGACCGCAAGUCCCAGGACGGCUCGGAGACCAUGCCCUUCAUAGACGAGUCGCCCACCAUGUCGCCCCAGCUGUGCGCCCGCGGGCCGGACGGCGAGGCCAUGUCCCCGACGCCCCACGAGGGGCUGCUGCCGGGGGGGGACAUUGAGAAAGGGCUGGAGAUGAAGAAGCUGGUCCUCUCCGGGUUCCUGGCCAGCGAGGAGAUCUACAUCAACCAGCUGGACGCCCUGCUGCUGCCAAUGAAGCCGCUGAAGGCCACGGCGACCACGUCCCAGCCGGUCCUGACCAUCCAGCAGAUCGAGACCAUCUUCUACAAGAUCCAGGACAUCUUCGAGAUCCACAAGGAGUUCUACGACGCCCUCUACCCCCACAUUCAGCAGUGGGACGACAAGGUGACCGUGGGCCACCUCUUCCAGAAGCUGGCCAGUCAGCUCGGUGUUUACAAAGCAUUCGUUGACAACUACAAAGUUGCCGUGGAGACCGCGGAGAAAUGUAGCCAGGGGAACUCCCAGUUCCAGAAGAUAUCGGAGAACCUCAAAGUCAAGGGGCCGAAGGACUCCAGGGACUGCACCUCGUCAGUCACCAUGGAAGCUUUGCUGUACAAGCCCAUCGACCGUGUGACCCGAAGCACGCUGGUCCUCCACGACCUGCUAAAACACACUCCCAAGGACCACCCCGACUUUCCGCUGCUGCAGGACGCCUUGCGGAUAUCCCAGAACUUCCUGUCCAGCAUCAACGAGGAGAUCGACCCGCGCAGGACCGCCGUCACCACGCCCAAGGGAGAGGCUCGCCAGCUGGUGAAGGAUGGCUUCCUGGUGGAGGUGUCCGAGGGCUCGAGGAAGCUCCGCCACGUCUUCCUCUUCACCGACCUCCUCCUCUGCGCCAAGAUGAAGAAGACCGCCGUGGGGAAGCACCAGCAGUACGACUGCAAGUGGUACAUCCCGCUGGCCGACCUGACCUUCCAGACGCUGGACGACUCGGACUCCUGCCCCCACGUCCAGACCAUGCCCGAGCACGAGAUCGAGGAGAUGAAGACGAAGAUCUCCGCCAUCAAGAGCGAGAUCCAGAAGGAGAAGAAGGCUGUGAAGGGCCAAAGCCGAGCGCUGGACCGUUUGAGGAAGAAGAUGAACGAGCAGGAGUCCUGCUUGCUGUUACACUCCCCCACCAUCCCCUUCCGCAUCCACAACAAGCACGGCAAGAGCUAUCAGUUCCUACUGUCCUCAGAUUAUGAGAGAUCAGAAUGGAGGGAAGCCAUUCAGAAGCUUCAGAAGAAAGAUCUCCAGGCCUGUGUGCUGAGCUCUGUGGAGCUCCAGGUGUUGACCGGCUCCUGCUUCAAGCUGAGAACUGUCCACAACAUCCCCGUUACCAGUAACAAAGACGAUGAAGAAACUCCCGGGCUCUAUGGCUUCCUCCAUGUGAUCGUGCACUCAGCCAAGGGCUUCAAAGAGUCGGCCAACCUGUACUGCACCCUGGAGGUGGACUCCUUCGGCUACUUCGUGAGCAAGGCCAAGACGCGGGUGUUCAGGGACACCACCGAGCCCCAGUGGAAUGAGGAGUUUGAGAUCGAGCUGGAGGGCUCGCAGUGCCUGCGCAUCCUCUGCUACGAGAAGUGCUACGACAAGUCCAAGAUGAACAAGGACGACAACGAGAUCGUGGACAAGAUCAUGGGCAAGGGCCAGGUGCAGUUGGACCCCCAGACCGUGCAGUCCAAGAACUGGCACAUGGACGUCAUAGAGAUGAAUGGGAUCAAAGUGGAGUUCUCAAUGAAGUUCACCAGUCGGGACUUAAGCUUGAAGAGAACGCCUUCCAAAAAACAGAGUGGCGUGUUCGGUGUCAAAAUCAGCGUGGUGACGAAGCGGGAGCGUUCUAAGGUGCCUUACAUCGUCCGUCAGUGCAUUGAGGAGGUGGAGAAGAGGGGGAUCGACGAAGUGGGCAUCUACAGGAUCUCAGGGGUGGCCACGGACAUCCAGGCCCUGAAAGCGGCCUUCGACGCGAAUACCAAAGACAUCCUGAUGAUGCUGAGCGACAUGGACAUCAACGCCAUCGCGGGGACGCUGAAGCUGUACUUCCGGGAGCUUCCGGAGCCGCUGCUCACGGACCGCCUGUACCCAGCCUUCAUGGAGGGGAUAGCGCUGUCGGACCCUGCCGCCAAGGAGAACUGCAUGAUGCACCUCCUGCGCUCGCUCCCCGACCCCAACCUCAUCACCUUCCUCACCCUGCUGGAGCACCUAAAGAGGGUUGCGGAGAAGGAGCCGAUCAACAAGAUGUCCCUCCACAACCUGGCGACCGUCUUCGGCCCCACCCUGCUCAGGCCGUCCGAGUCGGAGAGCAGCAAGGGGCACGUCACGCUGGCCUCCGACAUCUGGUCACAUGACGUCAUGGCGCAGGUCCAGGUGCUCCUGUACUACCUACAGCACCCGCCCAUCUCCUUCAGCGAGCUCAAGCGAAACACCCUCUACUUCUCCACCGACGUGUAGACCCCCCCUCCCUCACCCCCCCCACCCCCCCCCCCCCCCAGCCCAAGCACUCCGACCGUUGCCAGGAGACACUCCGGGAGCUCCGUCCCUGCACACCUUUCUAACUGUAUAGCGCCAGCCAGAGACGGAAAAAUAAAAUGCCCUCGGAAAAAAAGAAACAAAAAAAAAAGCAAAACUGUCAAACUGAAGCCACUGUGCUCCCUCUCCGUUCCCUAGCCGCGUCCCGCGCGUUCCCGCGGUGACCGGGACGCGUCCCUCGUCCGUCCGCCGAAGACUGGCGGCAAGCGGCAGACGUCUCUCGCCGAUGUACGGCUCCCCGAAUCGUCCCCCCUCUCCACGCGUGCGUACGUACACACGAGCACGCGCUGCCCGACGGCGCCCGCGGUGCUGGUUCAGAGCAGGCCCAGAGAGACGGAGGGAGGGGCAAAGGUCACCCUGUACACCACGCCGCCCCCGGGACAGGACACGCGUCGAUUGCCACGCACUCCAUACGUUAACACUUGCUUUCUUUGUGUUUUUCCCUCCAUUUUGAAACGGGGUAGAGGAGGGCUCUCCUCCCCACAGUCCUACAGCUCCCUCUAGAGAAAAAACGGGGGACUGACCCCCUAUUCCUCUCCAUCGCGGCGUCAUGGCAACGUAACCGCGAAAGGAGCCUCCAGCAGGGACUGUCAUUGGAGCGAGAGUGUGCGUGUGCGUGUGCAUGCGAUCGCAUGUGUGUGUGUGUGCGUGUGUGUGUGUGUAUGUGUUGUGAUCGUUUGCGUGGCGUGGUGGUGUCUGAUCGGUAUGUGAUUUCAGAAUGUCCGUUACUCGUCUUGUUUUUUUUUUUUUUUUGUUCUGUUUUGUUUUUGUUCUCUCUCUCUUUUCUCCAGAGGCAUUCCAGAAAUGGCAUUUACAUAUUUUAUAAAUAUUAUUUGUUUGAUAGUUUAUCUUUUUGAUUUCCUCUGCUUUGUGCAUGUGAUUUGAGGAGGGUUGGGCGCGCGCGCGACCCUUAAGACCGGGGAGAGACGCCGCGCUCGGUGGGGCUUCCCCCCACCGCCACUGGUUCCGCGCUAACGUUAGCUGCUAACUAGUGAUGAUCGCUGCCCUCCUGUGUGGAGUCCAGGCCAAAAUUCGCCCUAUUUAUUAUAAAUAUAUAUAUUGCGUGUGCCUGUACAGUCCAGUACAUCUAUAGAACUACUCUGCGGAGUCGAUUGUUUGAAGUUUAUCAGGUAGUGAUGUUUUUUUAUUUAGUUCCGUUUCUCCUUUACAGUCAAUGUUGACUGAGCUGUACUGUAAUAACAUGGACAACAAAAAAAAAAAAGAAAAAACAAAAAAAACUGAUGUACAAAUUCUGACAGUCGAUUCGUUAGCAUUUCGUUUUAAAUUGGGCUGGAAGCCUAAAACGGAGGUUGUUAAAUAUGACUUCAACAAAUAUGGAAAGCGUCGCUUCUUUUAAAAGUCAAGCCAGUCCUGUGUAUGAUGGCAUUUCUUGUGUAAUUAUGGGAUGAUUUGUAAUUGCCCUCGUUGCAUGUUCAGCUUGUCGUCCAUCAGGCUGGGUAACACAAAGGUAGAUUCUUCUGCUGUUUUGCCGCGUUGGUGCCAGUGCUCUCAGUGCAAAGCCAUGCAAAUCCAACCUUUCUGCUAUCAAGCCCGCAACAUAUCUUAAAAUAAGCACUGUUAGAUGAGUACCAUUUGAUAUUUUUAAUAUAAGAUUAAAGAAAAAAUCAAACCGUGUAUUUUGCUUCCAUUAGGAAGAAAUUGAGUACAUACUGUAUUAACAAUAAGGUUUAAUGUUGAUGUGAACUGUUUUUUUUUUCUUUUUUAGGAAAAUAAAAUAAAAGUGCACCAGA